AUCUCCUGUCAGUUUCUCAUAAUCUCCAUUAGGUUGCGCCUUGAGCUCCUCCCCCCAGAGUUCGGUUGGAGUCACUCUAUAAAUGUUCCCGGGAGUUUCCGAAAUCCACACUCGGUGACUUCAGCAGAACAAUGGUUAACAUGAGCUAUCGCCAACCUCUACAAAAACACGCACAGACCCUGAAUCCGAAACAGCCGAGGAAAAGAAAUAAUAAAAAGAAAAGGAAUCAUUGGGACAAUUUACCGCCAACAGCUUACAUUCAAACUUGAUUGACAAGAGACACUUUUGAGGUGUGGUGUGCUUGGUGUGGGAGCAUAUCGUGUUGUGUCUGUGGAUAGCGACUGAUUGGUGCGAUGACUGCGGAGUGGCUGUGCCCCCCCGGCGUGGGGCCGCUGUGUGGUGCAGAGUUGGAGGCGUGGUAUGAAGACCUACAGGAUAUACUGGGCUCCGACGCGGGCGGGGCCAAACUCACAAGAGCCCCGCCUUCCUCCGAGAAGGAGCCAGAGUUUCUGGAUGUGUUGGAGAGCUGCUCGCUCACCUGGCUAACGGAGGGCCAGGUUUGGGGCGACGGGGUGCAACGGGUCACUGACGAGCCACCCGUCGUUCACUCGCCGCCGCGGCCGGACGACCGGAGAGCAGGCGAGUCGGAGCACACCUCGUCCGGAGGAGACCUGCUUCCGCCCGAGUUCUUCGAGCUCCUCAGCGAAGGCGGCGUCGGAUCAGUGGAGACGAUGUGCAACGUUUCGCAUCACGCGCCUCCAUCGCCGUCUGCCAGCGAAGAGGAGGAGCUCCCGACCGUCCCGGACACUUCGUCCUGCUCCUCAGCGUCCCGCUCGCCGUCUCCUCCCGUCUCCGCCGCUCGCCCGGGAAAGAGAAAACGAGGAGGCACGCCUUGCUCCCCGUCCCCCGGGAAGAAGAGCCGACGGGAGCGCGAGCAUGAGAACGAGAGGAAGGUGCAGGAGCUGACGGAUCAGAACGAGCGGCUCAAAGCCGAGAUCGAGCGGCUGGGAGAGGAGGUGCAGCGGACGCGCCGGGCGCUCAUCGAGAGACUCGUCAACACCAGGAGGUGAAGGAGCGACAGGAGGAGCCCAGGGGCCGAAGGGA